AUGAACAGCCUGCUUAUUGCCCUUUUCGUCUGCGGCUUUGCUGGAACCUGCACUGCUGGCCUUGUCGGAUACGGCGGCGGAUACGGCGGUGGCUUUGGGGGAUACGGGGGCGGCCUUGGAUAUGGAGGAGGCCUUGGACACGGCCUGGGCCUUGUAAAGACUGUUCCUGGACCUUCUUUCUUAGUCAAGACCGUGCAUAACGUGAACCGCGUGAGUCACGGUUCCACCCUGUACGGUCGCUACGGGCACGGCGGUGGCUACGGCGGCGGCUACGGCGGCUAUGGUGGUGUCGGCGGCGGCUACGGCGGUUCUUUUGGCGGCUACAGCGGUGGCUACGGAGGAGGUUACGGUGGUGGCUAUGCCAAGGUGGCCGUCAAGGGCUAG